ACGUGUGGAAACACACAGCAGAAAUCCACCUUGUUGUUCACGUGUACCUGCACGGGUUGAUAAUGUCCAUGCGACACGCGUGUAAUCCAAUGCGACUGUUGACUUCGGCACGAAGCAAUACAAUGAUGUAGCCAUUAGUCGACGGGCAGCAGCAUUGAUCGUCACAAGCUGUGUGGAGAAAUAAGCCAAUUUCGGUUGUGAAAUCAUUUCAAUUUCGGGAAGGAAAACCUGGGAUUCUCAGAUUUGUUUUAUUGUUAACAAGUUCCUGACGCUGCCGAUUGACAAAUAUGUUACUCUCGGAUUCACAAGUCGUGAAAUUGUACUGCUGAUGGAGGAGUCAACUUGACUGUUUUUUUGCUUUUUCAAAGAGUAGGUCCAUGUUCAGCAGUUAUCAUCUGAUACAGCCAUUGACUGGUGCUUUCUACUCGACUAUACAAGUUUUCCCUUCGGAUUGCAGGAUUUGUCCAUUGGCCAAACGGACCCCAUGCAAUCUAUAAACUAGUCCGUGGUACGUUAACCCGCGCAAGGGCAGCAGAGAUGGAUAGUGUAUCCGAGACGACGGGAUUAAACAGCACGGCGGACCAUGAGGAGCCAGUCAACUACCGGCCGGCGUUCUCACUUCCACGCCAAGCUACCGGAGAAGUGCGGGCUUUUCCCCUGGUGAACGGGCUCCAGGCCAGCAACAGCUGGCCCCAAAAUUGCAGCUCGCCGGAGUUUGAGGCAGAGGUGCCCAUCGGAGGGUCCUCUUCAGUGUGCUUCGGACCUCUCGGGAUGGAGAAUUUGAGCGAUCAGCUGCUGAUUCAGCAAGGUGGUCUGGAGAACGAUGUUGAGACGUGCGGAGUGCCCGUGUCUCCGUCUUUGUAUGUCAGCCCGCCUGACCUAGGUGAAGCGGGACAACGCAAGUACUAUCCUGAGCCGUCGAUACCGUCGAUACCGCCCACGAUGGAAGACAGUGAGGCUGUUGCUCAGGCUGUUGAUGUCCACCGAAGGGUCGCCAUCAUGAAUCCAGAUCCAUCACAGGGGAUUAGAAAGCACCGGCAGAUUCAAGGCAGAUUGCCUUAUUCCAGAAGUGGAAGUCCAUACUCAUCAGACUCCAUGUCUUCAUCGAGCCUGUAUGAUCGUUCCACUACGCCUAAAGAUACCUACUCUUUUGAGACCAAUGAGACAUCGUCAAGCGGUGCUGAGGUCGGCAGCGACAAAGAGAAAACCUCUCCCUGGUCCAGGGCCAACUUCGAUCGCGUCCUCCACGAUGCGCCCAAACGGGAGCACAUUCGCUCUAGGAAGUGCGGUAAAGGAGGCGACCAGUCAGAUUCGGGGUCCAGCUCCCAGUCCCGGAGCAAGCCAACCAAAGUGCCACCCAUGAUGCGCAACAAGCUACACGGGAGAGCCACGGCUGACAUCACGGUCACUUACUCGGGAGCCUCUAGUAGCAGUGGGUCUGCCAGCAUGGAUCACGUCCAUUUUCACCAAGAGAAGGAGGGUUCCCAGGGGAAAACUGCAAAGAGCUGUAUCUCAAACGGUACGGACACUGGCAUAGCCACGUCCAGCGCAAGUAGCCAAUCUGUGCAGUCCCAAAGCACCUGUAUGUCGUCUUCGGGUGUGGACACGCGCCAGAACGGUGGCAAGGAACGAAAGAAUUUGACGGCCAAAUCAGUGAGUUUGCACUAUCAUGAAAUCAGGAUCUCCACUGUGAAGCGUGACGAAUUAAGCCAGGAAAGCUCCGGCCCGAGCCACCAUCACCAGCACCAUUUCACCCAUCGGCAGAAGGCGCAGCAGAGUUACUCGAGUGACUCAACUAGUACUGACGAGUCUGAACGGAAGCGGCGCCGGUUCAACCGCACAUUUGUUCUGCUGCGGCACUGUGGCCUUCUAGAACUCACUUUACAGACAGCCUCCCUAAUGCAGCAGAGUACGCUCAUGCAUCAGCAGCUCAAGUCUCUACGCCAACAGACGGAGGUUCUCUACAAUGCUAUCCAUGGGAUGUCGGCCAGCCAGCAACUCACCUCAUCUUUCGACUCAGCGGCCGCCCAGGAAAUCAUGAAGAACUUACGGGCGAUCUUAAUCCGGCAAGAUGGCCAUUCCCAUUCCCACAAUGGUCCGCCGAUGAUUAACCUUCAGCACAUCCGAAGGAUGGCUGUCAAGCGUAAUAGCUCUGGCGAAACAAUAAGCCCAGAUAGUUGCAACGCGCAAUCGUCAAGCACGAUUCAGAACAGUGGAAGUUCGACCUGAAAUUUACCAUCCACCUCAGCCUAAAGUUGUAAAAAAAAAGUGGUGUAUAUAAUACCAUCUAGUGUACAAUAUAUUGUAACCUUUGGUUACCAAUGAUAUUUGCUAUUUUCUAUUUGUUAUCUUGGAUCUAGAAAUAAAUACAAUGUAGUGACAAGUGCUUUCACCCAUAAAGCCGUGACCCAUGAUAUUGCGACCAUUACAACCGAGAUUAACAUCCGACAUGCGCGCGCAAAAGUUGUUGCAUGUUAGGAGUCCAGAGGCUAAUCUUGGGGUCAUACUUCCCUGGUACUACAUUGUACAUUUUGUACCCACCCGUGUUUUAUAUUGUGCUUGAUAUAAACCAUAUGUACAUGAAUAUUUCUCGAAUGCAUUGCUAGUACGACCAUUGCGGAACGCAGGAUUAUAGUUAAAGGCACAUAGAAUCAUUUGCAUUUAUCCCAAAAGUAACCUACCGAAUUAUUAUCAAAAAGCUCAUUUAAUUUGUCUGAUUUAUUCACUAUUUGGAGAAAAAAACUCUCACCUUUAAUCUGAUAUCCAAAACAUUAAAAAUGCACGGAGUAUACGUUUUAGAAAAAAAGGCAAAUGUUUAGGGUUGCAUUUUUGAGGUCGCCCUGUAUUGACGAAUUCGUGUUUCGUGAUCAAAGGGUUGUGCGUUGUUUUUUUAAACUGUUUUCUUGAAAGAAUUUAAUUGGUGUUAUUAUUAUUGGAAACGAGCAAAAUGCAUGAAAAGCAAAUGAUCCUAUCUGCCUUUAAAAUAGUUAUAAAGCGUAUGCCUCCGUCGCAAUUACUAAAGGUCAAACGUGCACCCUUUGGACUUAGGUUUUCAAAAGUAUAAUGUAAAAAAAAUGUAUGAAAGAGUACGUUAAGAGAAAUAAACAGCUGAGCUGUGUGUAUACGUGUUUG